AUGUCUUCUGCCAUCCGUACGCUGCGCAGUAAUCUGAUGCUGCUCAAUCCCAGCAUAUGCCCGUUAUGCAGGAAGGCUUUCCUCAGAGAUCGCAUCAAGCGGCUUCACGUAGAUCGUGUGCCGCCGGAUGAGGCAGGCGUGACACCUGCUACACCUCGGAUCGGCUACUCGCAAACCCAGUUGGAGGAGAUCGAGCUUCUGCAGCGGUUGGCUCUGGCAUCGGGGGAGGACACGCCCGAGAGUGAACUAGCUCAAAUAAUCGUCGAGGUGGAAGAAUGGUUGACAGGGAGGAAUGCGGAUGCGAGCAGAGCGUUGCGCAAAGCCUUGACUGCGAUUCAACGGCAUAAGCGCAAGGAAUCUGAAUGGCAGAAUCAGAGCGAAAUGUAUCGCUUGCUGAAACAUGAGUAUAAGCGGAAAAGGAAGAUUUAUGAUCAUGACAUGACGAGGGCUAAGAUUGUGGAGGAUAAUUUGAUGGAACAUCUUCAAAAUCUGGAGAGUCAGCACAGAUCAAAGUCUCCGUCAACAGUUAGCAAGGCUCACCAUGCGUUCCAGACCCUCUAG